AUGUCGCCUCCGUCGACUCCGAUCUCUUCAUCUCCUCGAUCACCCCCCUCACCACCAAGUGCGCCUCGUCCCCAAAAAUUUCGAGAUGCCAUUCGAGCUUCUGUCGAAACGGAGCAAAAUAUCAGAGGAUCUAUUGAUCGCUAUCGUGGUAGUAUCAUUACCCUCGUCGCGCAAGAUUUUGAGAAGAAAACUGGGCACAAGUUUAAUGUGAAACAGGGACCAAAAACUGCAGUCUCGACAGAUAGCCAGACAUCGGUCAGUGUCUCUUCAGUCACUGCGAAGCCUAAAAAUCGACGCGAGAAGUCGUCUACCUGUAGGCGACAGGUAAUCUAUGGAUCGAUAGAGUGGCACGCGGCGAAUGAUGGGUUUGUCGAGAUGAGUGAGGCUGAGAAGGAAGCGGAGAGGAGGUUUUGGUCUUGA